AUUUCAGGACAAGCUACAAAGCUUAUUCAUAGGAAUCCUAUUUCUGCACAAAGCAGGCUAAAAUCCAACCUGAUCGUCUCCCUAAAUCAAGGCUUCGGUCUACCUUGCAUUUCUUUUCUCCAAGGCCGACGACGCAUUUCGCUGCAGAGGAUAGAACGAGCCAUGGAUUCUAAUGGGAGGCUUCUCUUCAUUAUUACCCUCUCUUCUCUCCUCUGCAUCAACGCCACUCCUUUGAACGCAAUCCCUCCCGAGCUCACGCAACUAUGCAAAGAAGCAGAGAACUCGAGCCUCUGCGUUCGACUCAUCUUGUCCACACUGCAUGGUCGUAUGGAUCCCUAUCAGAUUGUCGUCGCCCAAAUUGACGCCACCGCCCGCUACACCAGGAGAGCCCUUGGUAUCAUCGACAGGCUGAUGGCCCAACCAAACAACCCUAAAAGUUUAUCCGAUAGCCUUGGCGAAUGCAAAGAACAGUAUGAAAAUAUCCUGGAUUCCAUUCAAACUGCAUUGCGGUCGGUGGCUACAAGGGCCAUGUAUGAUGCUCGGAUAGCUCUUGGUGCUGUGAUUUCCUACCAACAAACUUGUGAGGAUAGUUUUAAAGAAACAGGAGCUGACUUCCCUUUUGCUCGUCAAUCUAAACAUAUAUUCCAGUUCGGCGGCAACUGCUUGGACAUCAUGGCAGCCUUGCCGAAUUAAUUUAUAAAGUUCGAUGCACUAAUCAGAUGGUGAUUGUCGCCAUUAAUUUAUCAAGCUAUUGCUCCUCCCACGCAAUACUACUUACUACCAUACCGAAUUACCGAUACGUUAAUAUCCAGAUUCAUAGUUUCUAAUAAUUUAUUUUUAUCUCUGUUGCCAUUCGAGAUUGGAAAUUAAUGUGAACCUCUUGGAGAGGUAUUGACAAUAAGCAGCCAAUCUUCCCAUAAAGAGACUCGUGAUUAUGGCACUGCCAUUUGGUGUCUGGAAUGAACAUACUGCGUUGAACAUAUCAUGCAGAUAUAA